AUGAUGUCUAGAACUUUGACAGUGGGGACACUCAAUACAUGCAGUUUACUACUGUUGCUUUUAAGGGCCAGCUGUUUCAUUUGUCAAGAUCCCAACGGCUGUCAGGGGAUCCAGCGCAUACAGGAGCACUACACCCUGGAGCAGACCACCCCAGUCCUGGAUGAACUGCAUGAGCGUCUGGUGCAGGACCAGUUUGGCAACUACAUCAUCCAGCAUGACAUGAAGCACGACCACAUGGAGGACAAGAGCAAGAUUGUGCAGCAUCAGGGCAAGGUGCUUGUGCUGGGUCAAUGCAAGUUUGCUAGGUAG